AUGGCAGAACGGAAGAAAUCGCAGGCGGCCGGUGACGCACCAGAUAAAAAAGAUGGAAAGACUAAAGUUAAAGAGGACACGCCUCCCGAGCCGGAGGAAAUACCGAAGACGGUCUCGCAAAUAGCGCAAGAGGAAGCGGAGUAUAGAUCUAUGCUCCGUAAACAGAGGUUUAAGCGUCGUUGGCCAGAAGUCACCAAAGUUAAGAUACACACUAGGCCCUGGUUCCCACCACCACCGCCGGAGAGAAUGCCAAGAAUAGAGAUAGAUCUACCAGAACUGGUGACUCGCAAGUGGGUUCCGCCCUACCUCAAGAAGAAGCACAAAAAACGAAAGUUGCCAAGAAUACCACCCGAAGAAGUUACUCAGCCGCUCUACGAAUACGCCAAGUUGAAGAAGAUCUGGCACAAUUUUACUCAAGUGGACACGAACAAGAUGAUGCUGCAAGGCACCAUCGGCUGUAAUUCUAAGAAGUAUUCAUCCACAACUUGCGGAGCCCAAACCGCGUGUAUAGCGGUAGUAUGUAGGGCCCUCUUGGAAGAAAAGACGCCCGCUGAUCUUGUUCGUCGAGAUGUUGACGAUUUGAUUGAAUGCGGAGACAGCUAUUACAGGCAGUGCAUGCUAGCCCUUAAAUGCUACAAAGGAAAGCCACAGUUGCAAUUAAAUCAGCUGUUGACGUCUUUCUUCUUCGAUGAUAAUAAAUAUACGGUCAAAAUGGUGGAAACUGACCGCGGGCUGUUGGCCAAACAUCCGGACAAUAUACAGGCUGAACCAGAUUUAAUGGCUCUGAUGGAAAAGCGGGUAGGUACAUCAUAUAUGAUGAUUCUGACGGCCGGUGACCGUCACUUCCUUAUCUGGGGUUACCCCCCGGACCCUGAAUCUGGCAGCCAGGUGAAGACUAUAUGCUACAUCUUCGACCCCCACAUGCUGAACGAAGUCGGGCAACCACAUAAGUUAUUUGGUGCGGGUGCAUUUUUGAGAUACGCGGGAGUGACGUCUUUUGUUCUCGAUUUUCUUGCCAACUAUGGAGAUUUGGAUGCUGCUAAACAAGGCACUCCUAAACCACGUCUUGCUCUGACUAACAUUGAGGUCGUCCAAAAAGAACCUUUGAUUCGUGAACCAACGUACGAGUUGGAUUUGAAGGCGCUCAAAACACACUGCGACAGUGAGUGGCAGAGUCUACAUACUAACGCACUCAUAGAGAAGAAGAUGAAGGAAGGAAAAUAUCCUCAAUGUUCUUUGAGCGCCGUCAGCUUAGCCACGUCCAGAGCUACGUCUAGGAAGAAAGUUCGAGACUUUUAUCAGAAGAUGCCCAAAGAGCCUCCUCCUCAACUGCCUCUCGCCCCGGAGCGAGCUCCUCCGCCGCUCACUCAAGAUCAAAUCAUGCAGAUGAGAGGAGAGAACUUCUUCCUCUACUGCCCAAGAUCAGACGGACAUUCAUACGGAAGAGAUGACAUGAUACCUCGCCCCAAGUCUGAGAUAGUUCUACACAGUGCUGUCGAAGUCGCUGACCAGAACUUCCACUCGCAGUACCAGCAGCUCGACGUUGGCAAGUGGCUGAUGAGAGGAACAAGACACAUGGCCAGCUAUAGAUACCAAACGUUCAAGACGUACACGGGUAUAGCGUGUUGCGUGUCGGCGCUGGCGAUGCUGCGUCGUCUGCGGGCGAGGGCCUGGAACGAGGAUGUGGUGGAUGAGACGCUGGAUCUGGGAUACAACCUGUACAGGGAAUCCUUACUGGAGAGAGGAGGUCCUAUAAGAAGACUGGUUCUUGGUGAAUUGAAGGAGAAUUUUAGAAUAAGGGAUAAAGAAUACAAGCGUAAGGAACGUGGUAUCGCUGUCUGGGGUAAACUGCUCUCCAGUAACCCAAAAGUUUUUGAUCUCUGUCGAGGUCUGGAGAGCUUCUUCAAGGAGUCGGAUGCAGGGGUGCUACAGAUUCCAGGUGAACUGGAAACAGCUAUAUGGAAUGAGGGAGGGAAGUAUUACGUGUACCAUCCCUGGCCGUGUGACAGAUAUGGAUAUAAGGUGGGGCUACGUGAAGGUGGGAAGGCGACCGUUCUCUACUUUGAUCGCGUGUCCCGUCUAUGUGAACAUUUCCUAGAGAGCGUAGCGGAUCUCAAGAGGAAACCCUUCAGCAUAGCUGAUGUAUACAUUACGGAGACAGGCGACAUGCCGGAACCUAUCAAUAAAUUAAAACGUUUGUCUUAUAGAAGUCUUUCUGCCGUGGCUCCAAACCGUUGGGUCAUUCGUGGUCGUUUCCACGAAGCGGAUGAACGGUUCCCGGAACAUCACCGCGGGAAACAAGCGACACCCGCCUCGAUUGCUGCUAUAGCCAUGGCGCAUGUGGUGGAACCAAGCGCUUGGACAGCUGACGAUAUUGAUGAGACGUUAGUAAGAGGAGAUAUUCUAUAUGAGAAUACCAUGGAACAUCUAGAACGUAUGGGAAUCAAUUUGGAGACGCCUCAAGCUGAAGAGCCGGGUGAGGAAGAGGAACAAGUGGCGAGUGGUACACUGGCGGCCGCUGAUGUCAUGAACAAGUUUAGAAUAACUGAUUAUGAUUGUAUUGAAACUGAGGUUAUGGACAGUCCUUUGAGUGGUGAGCUGAACGCAGUCCCUGGCUCCGGGAUCCUCUCCCUCAAGGAUUCCAUAAACCACAUGUUCAAGGAGUAUUCGCACGGAGUGUUGACAGCGCGCGGUGGUUCAGUGGGCAUCUGGAAACACGAUGACAGUUAUUACUUCUUUGAUCCUCACGGCUGCGAUGAGAAUGGCUAUCCAUCUGACGAGCCUCGCGCGGCCGCCUGUCUGGUGAGGAUCAAAGGAACUGCUAAGGAUUUAGCGGACGUCAUCUUGGGCAACCUACCUCCUGGUAAUGAUGAUAGCUUCAACCUCUCACCAGUAAUGGUAGCUGCCAGCAAGCUGAAUACUGAUCUAGGAGCUCCGGAAACUAAAUUGGAGAGCAAAGCCUUCGAAUGGAUAUCUAAAGGCACUGCCGCCAUUAUGAUGGGACCCCGCGGAGAAAACACGGCCAUUGGGAAAGCGGCAGAAAAAGCUGGCAUUGGGGAGGAAGAUAUGGCUGGUAUCACAAUAUCUCUCCCGGCCGCGGCCGCCUUCGCUGCGGCGAGUGAAUCGGUACCACCGCCCCACAUGCAUCAAGACCACAUGUAUAACUUCCUGGACGCCGGAGUGGAAUAUUAUCUCAACCACGUGAAGAAGACCGGCCGAAAGACCAUUGAGCCAGAAGACCUGACGGAGAAGUUUGAGAUGGGAGCGAACACCUUCUCUAUAGAACUAGAAGAACCUGUAAGAUUACCACUGAGGUUACCGGAUGAAGCUGUUGGGGAGGGUGGCGAAGAAGAAGAAGGUGGGGAUAAAGAAGAUACUGGAGAAGAAUUGGAGGAAGAAGAAAAAGAGGAACCUAUGAAACAGAUAAAGGACGCACUGUUCAAGUCUUGGAACGAUCACACGAAGCCUUCAUCAGUGUAUCUGCUAGUGGGUGAUUAUCAUAGAAUGGGUGUUUGGAUGUCGGCCGGAGGUCAAGUGGUGGCCUUUGACCCAGCGCCCACCUUGACCAAGGGAAUGUUGACCAGCCAGAGGAUUAAGAAGGGUGAUGAGCUUCGUCUCCAGCGUAUUAAGGACGAGAUGUCUGGUGAAGGAGGCGACGCUGGUGAGGAAGAAGAAGAGGAAGCUGGGGGAGAAGGUGAAGAGAAACCUGAACCGGAGCCCGAGUUCGUUCCCCCGGAGUCUUGUCCCGCGCUGAUGGUGUGUUCCAGCCCUGGAGAGUUUAUUGAUAGGCUCACUCUCCAAGGUGGUUUAGACAAGAAGCAGUGCCUGGCUCCAUACAAGCUGUACCCGGUGAAGGUGAUUAAUGAAUUGACGUCGGUCCUCAAGGAGAGGAAGCCCGGCGCCGCUAGGGCCGGCGAGGAAGAUGCUGAGGAUGAAGAAGAAGGUGAUGUUCUGAUUGAGCCGUUGGACGACUCAGCCAUCGGCACGUACUUCGACAGGAUCGGACGAACAGUGGCGUCGGUUCGUGGCAGGGUAGCGCAGAAUGAAAAUUACUUCUUGGAUGAACCUAACAGGGACAAUCAGGAUGCAGCGAACGCGGUGAUGGGCAUCGUAGUAGAACACAUAGAGCCUUAUAUUCACUGGAAGCCUCAAUUGUUAGACGCUAUCUUGAAGUAUGGUGAUAGGUACUACACCCUGUCACUACCGGGAGCUUUUAAUCCACCGAAACUGAAAACCAGCGAACUGCAGAGUCAGUUUCAUGUUACCAGCUUUAACGUAAAAGUUGAAGUUGAACCGGAUGUGGUGUGUGGAGACAUCCGGGCGGGUGGUGGAGGAGGCGCUCUCAGUCUGAACAAGGGGCUGCAGAGGUUCUUUGAAACUUACAAGUACGGCGUGCUCUGCGCCAAGGACUACUGCGUGGGUCUUUGGAAGGGUGCUGAUGAUAAGUCUAUAUGUUUGUGGGAGCCCCACGCUGUGGGUCCCGCAGGCCUAGCGUCUCCCGGGGGGGCUGCGGCCUUAGUAGUCAUGUCCACAACAGAACAAGUGGCUAAUGCGUUUAAAACUACUAUGGAGAAAUUGGCAAGGCCAGGGUCCAAUAAAUUCUGUAUAUCAUCAGUGAAGGUGUUCUGGGAACUCUCAAAGACUCCUGGCUCCGUGUCACCACAAGGAGCUGUUCCAGACGAGGGUUAUGAGUGGAAGGUUUUGACGGCGUAUGUUGAAACAGCUAGAGGAAGAACUAUACUACGAGGGUCAAGACCACCAGAUUUAUUACGGUUCACUCGCGACGCUCUCCUCCAAUCAGCGUGCGGCGCUGUAUCAGCUCUCUGCAUGUCCCACGUCCGACGACCUCAUCUAUGGACGCGUGCCACCGUGGAUGAAGUUAUGGCGAUCGCCGGCUCGCUGUUCGCUAGUUCAGUAGCAGCACUCGGCUAUGAGUUUCGGCCGGGAGAAGACGUGUUGUUGCCGCUACAGGUGGUGAAGAGGUUUGUACUUGGUGUCAACUACGUGCGUUACGACCUGCAACAGAUAUUUUCUGGAAAAUUGGAACAGAAGGAACACACUGAGAUGACCGUGAGAUGCGCCCUCGAGCGUUUCUUCGAGUCCCACACACACGGCGUCUUGUGGUCGGUGCCUCACGCGGUCGCCGUGUGGAGGGUGGCGGGCGCUCCGCCCUUCUAUAUGAUGGAGCCCCACGCUUGUGGACCAACGGGGCUCCGGGUUGAUGCACAGGACGAUGGUGCUGCCUGUGUAUUGACUUUUACGUCAGCGAAGCUUAUGGCGUUUGCUUAUCUCCAGAACAUUCCAGUGACCGAACGUCCCAAGCACGAUUUUCAGUUAUACGCUAUGUCAGUGACUGUUCAGCCGAUAAAGAAACUUGGAGGCGUUGAGCCGCCGUUGGUGCGAGCUCCUCCGGGAAUAAAACUUGUACCAGCCACUAGUAAGGUGGGUAUAGACGGCAGUAAGAGGAGAGCGGCGGAAGGUGAUAGGAAGCACCCGCCGGGGAGCGCGACUUGUAUAGACGCUCAACGAGCCUCGGAGAAGAGGGACAAGGAGGAGGGGAAACUUAAAGGUCAGCGUAACACGAGCGGCUGGCUGGUCCUCAACGACGGGACUCAGUUCCUGUCAGCUCAACACUCGAUGUGUUGUAGGAAGUUCCCUUACGCCUCGCGAGGACAUCAGGCACUGGCGUGUGCUGUUAUGUCUGUGGCCAUGUCUCGUGUGGAGGACGUGUGCCGCUGGUGCUCGUCGACCUUGGACCAGAUCCUGGAGGCUGGAGACCAGCUCUAUCAAGACAGCUACCUGCACUUUAAACCACAAGGACCUAUACUUAGCAUUGAACAGGUACUUCGCAAGUUCUACACGCCCGGUAACUGUGUGUGUCGUGUCGUGGUGUAUCAACCAAGACAGAAGGGAAUUGUGGAUACUGACUUGGUAACGCAGCUGACUGAGUUCUUCCGAGAGGAGAAGUGUGGAGUUCUGGUGGCUGGGAAGGGAGACUUUGCCGUUGGACUGUUUAGAACACCUAGAGGUUUCUACAUGUUCGACGCCAGUGACCGUGAUCGUUACGGCCGUGCUGUCGCUCCGCCCUGUAGGGGCAGAGCCCGGGCCUGCUUCUCACAGUACCCUAAUGUUUUAAGUUUAGCGGAGAAACUGGGUUCAAACAUACCACCGGUGAUGGUCACAAGACAGGAGGAAGAUGAGAAAACAGCCACGGAGGGUGACGCGGCGAAGGUUGAGAAUGAAGAGAAAGAGGUUCACUUUGAAGAACCGGCAGGGUUCAUGAUUUUCGGCAUGGAGGUCACCAGCUUACGGAGACUUAACCGACACGAAAAGUGA